GGGGCGCUGCGGGCGCCGCCCCGCGCGCAGGCGCCGGCCCGGGCGGGCCGGGUUGUUUGUGACGGCGUCACCGGCGGCUGCGGCCGCGGCCCCUCGUCCGUGCCGGGCCCCGCAAGGGCCGCGCUCAGCGUGCUUUGAAAAUGUCUGAGAAUUCCAGUGACAGUGAUUCAUCUUGCGGAUGGACUGUCAUCAAUCAUGAGGGUUCUGACAUAGAGACAGUGACCUCAGAAAAUGGAAGCACAAAUGACAACCAUGAGUUUGUUUCAGAAGAAUAUGUUUCUUUGCAAGAAGAGGAGCAGGCAAUUGAUGUGCAAGCUCAGUGCAACAAUGAUGAAGAGAUCCCAGCAGUAGAUAAUGCUCUAUCUGGUUUUGAGGAAUCUCAGACAGUUCCAGAGGGAAAUAAAGAAAAAGUUCCUGAUGAUGGGUCCUGCAUUGGAGCUAUUAGUGAUGAUUCUGACAUUGUCACACUUGAAGCUCCAAAACCAGAAGAAACUCAGAGUCAGGAGGAAGCUCCAGCUGAUGGUGAAGAAGCUCAGAGUUCAGAGGAUUUUAACAUGGGUUCCUCCUCUAGCAGUCAAUACGCAUUUUCCCAUGUAGAAACUGUCAGUUGGCUGGAGAAGCUGUGGAAGAUUCCUGACUGUGUAAGGGGAUGGGGAAAUGAGGUGAAAGAGCAUGUAUCUCGCAGUCUUCCUUUUCAAGUUUUCUCAUCUCAGGCCAGCCCUGAGGAGUCCAGCAGCGAUGAAGGCAGCGGCCCGAGCGGCCCGGCCGUGCGCAAGCGGCGCCCGCGGAAGCGCGGGGUGUCGGGCUCCGAGCCCGAGGCAGCAGCAGCCGAGCCCGAGCCGGAGCCGGCCCGGGACGAGCAGCACAAGCGCCAGUUCAGCAGUGGCCUCAACAGAUGCAUCAUCCUGGCGCUGGUGAUAGCCAUCAGCAUGGGCUUCGGACACUUCUACGGUAAACCUGAAGGUACAGUGCAAGUCCAGAAACGGCAGCAGCUGGUGACAAAGACACGUGAAUUAAAAGAUAUGAAAGAUGACCUUUACCAGUGCCAACAAGAGCAAGGAGAUCAAAUGCACCACAAAGUGGGGUCACUCAAGGGAGAUCUUGCCACAUGUUUGACCUUUACUGAGGUGGAUAAGAAAUCCUCUGAUUCUCAAAAAAAAAGUCUUGCUGCAGAAAAUCAGCACCUAAGAGAAUCUCUAGAGAAAGAAGAAAAAGCUUUGGCCUCACUUCAGGAAGAAUUAAGGAAGCUAAGACAACAAAUUAGGAACUUAGAAGAUAAAGGUAGUAGCACUGAAUCUAUUGUAAUAGAAAAUCAGAAACUAAGGGAGCAUUUGGAAGAAGAAAAGCAAAGGAACAGCAAUUUUCUCAGGCAAAAGGAAACACUCUUUGCAGAGGCACAGAUGCUAAGGCGAGAACUGGACAAAGAACGCCAUGUUACAGAAGCUCUGAAAAAAGAACUAGAACAGUUAAGUUCUCGUCAAACACCUGACAGCACUGAUGAUGAUGAUGAUGAGACAUUAAGAGAAAAUCAAGAAAUAGAAACUCUGCGAGGAAGACUGGCAGAACUAGAAAAAAAGCUAAACUUUGAGCAGCAACGCUCUGACUUAUGGGAGAAGCUGUAUGUUGAAGCAAAAGACCAAUCUGAAAAACAAGAAAUUAAUGAAAAUGGACAAAAGAAAGGUGCUAAAGGGCAAAGUAAGAGUAGAAAGAAAUCAAAGGAGACAUUUUUUGGUUCAGUUAAAGAAACUUUCGAUGCUAUGAAAAAUUCCACAAAAGAGUUUGUAAGACACCACAAAGAAAAGAUUAAGCAGGCUAAAGAAGCAGUGAAAGAAAACUUGAAAAAAUUCUCUGAUUCUGUAAAAUCUACAUUCAGGCACUUCAAAGAUACCACAAAAAACAUCUUCGAUGAAAAAGAGAAGUCAUCAAGCGAUAAAAGAUAUGAGGCAAACAAGAAAGCUCGAACUUUUUACCGAGACCAUAACUCUUACGAGAAUCUGAAGCACAUGCAUUACAGGGGACCUCACAUGCCAAAAGAAUCCAGAAAUGGAAGGAAACAUCAUUUUACAACAUUUGAAAAAGAUUCAGAUUCCCAGAAAUGUCUCAGUGAUCAUUUGUGUAAUAGAAAACAUCAGUUUGCCCUGAAGGGCUGCUCUGGGAUUUUUGAAUGUGCUCAUCAGGAAUUCAUCAGUCUCUUCAACAGAGUUUCGGAUCCCAUCAGGGUGGAUGAAUUUAAUCGGCUAAUGAGAAAGUAUUUGCAGCAAGUUGUUCAUAACUUUCAUCACUGGAGAGAACUAGAAAAUUUCAUCAAUAAGUUUUUUCAUAAUGGAUUGUUUAUACACGACCAGAUGCUGUUCACUGAUUUUGUUAAUGAUGUCAAGGAUUACCUGGAAGAUAUGAAGGAAUACCAAAGUAAUAAUGAGAAGGUUUUUGAGGAUUUGGACAAAUACGUCUACAGAUACUACUUCCACUACGAUAAUUCACCCCACUAUGGACCCAGUCGACCUAAAAGACCUUAUACACAAACUGAAAAUUCCAGACAUGAAAAACAAGCUCAGAAGUACCAACACCGUAAUAAAAGAGAAGGUAAAUGGUAUAAACAUGGUCGCACUAAUGGAAGACACAUGGCAAAUCUUGAAAUAGAAUUGGGGCAACUGCCCUUCGAUCCAAAAUACUGAGUAAUUUAUUGUAAAAAUUAAGAUUAAAAUUCACAUGCUCUCUGGAAACUAAUUGUUUUUCAACAAAGCAGCAAAAUGCAAGUGGUUUUUUUUUCUGAAUAAUUUGAUUUUUACACAUUUUUGUUAACAGGCAGAAGUCAGGCUUUCUGAUUUGCAUAUUCUGUACCGUUGCUUUAACUGUUCUUUCGAAGUAAACAUAGUUUGGGUGCCAGCAGUAUUGUUGCAGAAACUAGGCAUGCCAUGACCUGUGUAUGAAAAUAAAGCUUAAUUGCAUUCCAUUAGUGUAGUUAAAGCUUGAGCCAUGCAAAAUGUACCAACUACUAACUCCAAUGUUUGAUAUACUAACUUCAUCUCAUCCUUCAAAAAAUCGAUCAACAUUGUGGUAAUGUAUUUGUUAGUGUUUUGUAACCUUACAUUUGCUUCCUGUCUUUGGGGGGGUUCAAGAGCCUGUUGAAUUGUGAAGAAUUUGCUGUGCUGCAUUCUAAUCAGCGUGCUGAUUUAAACACUUGAAAUGUCUUGCAUAUCUGCAUAUUGUAGAAGAAAAAUAAAAGAGACAUUGUGGGUAAA